UUUGAGAAGAGGCAAAUAAGAUUGGGUUGGAUAAGAAGAAGAAAAAAGAAAAGAAAGAACAAUGGCGGGUUCUGCAGUAUCACUUGGAAACACCUUCGUCUUCGCUUCUAUGCGCUCAAUUUCAUCAACCAACACUCACAAACCCUCUUCAUUCUCACCCCAAUUAGGGUUCUUGAAUUCUCAGUUAAGCGGUCUCAAAAUCUCGUCUCAGACUUCGCUUAAAUUGCCCACACCAAUUGUUGCUUCUCCCUUUCAACCAAUUGUUGCUAAGAGGGUGUGUCCCUUCACCGGAAAGAAAUCAAACAGGGCCAACAAAGUAUCCUUUUCAAACCAUAAGACAAAGAAAUUGCAGUUUGUAAACCUCCAGUACAAGCGAGUUUGGUGGGAAGCUGGGAAGCGCUUUGUAAAGCUUCGUUUGUCAACUAAGGCGUUGAAAACCAUAGAGAAGAAUGGACUUGAUGCAGUUGCAAAAAAGGCUGGAAUUGAUCUCAGUAAGAAAUGAGAGAACAAGAUUAUGAUUGUAAUUGAGUAAAAGGAUGGAUCCAUGUUCAUUAAUUUUUGUUGUAGAAUUUAUUUUCUUUCUGUAUUAUUUUUAGGGACUGGGGUUGAUUCUGGCUAUGGUCAAAAGCAACUUGAGUUAUGUAAACAAAUAUGAAGUUUGUGAGUUUACUAUGUCAUGAAUCUUACAAAUGGAAAUCUCUUUGAUCAUCCCCU